AAAUUAUUGUUUCUGUACAAGUCCCGUCUCUGGCCACAGCAGCGCUCCCACUCAUUAUGGGUUCCUCCUGUAUAAAAGUUAGUAUGGACAAGACAAUAAUUGCUUACGGCCAUACCACCCUGAGCACGCGCGAUCUCGUCUGAUCUCGGAGGCUAAGCAGGGUCAACUCGAGCUCAUUGGCUGCAAUAGAGUUCCGGGUGUUGACGUUGUUGGGGCGGGGAAAACGUGGGCACCACCAUUUUGGCAGUAUUCGGCAGACUGGCGCUCUUGUGGUGGAGCAGACAUGGUCGAUAACUGUUGUGCACCAGGUUGCACAAAUAAACGAGGCAAAAAUAAAUGUACGUCGUUCUACCGCAUUCCUAAAGAUGCGGAGAGGCGAGCUAAGUGGAUCAGCGCCAUUAAAAGAGCCAGGAGCAAGCAAAAAAAGACUGAAAAAUGGGACCCCCCGGCUGUUGGAUUCCGCUUGUGCAGCGAUCACUUCAUAUCAGGGCCCGACAGGACCAAGAGGUGAAAGGGGACCCCAGGGCCCUGACGGGAGGGACGGCAGACCUGGCAACCCCGGCCCUGCUGGGCCCCCAGGACCCCCUGGCCUCGGCAGAGUAAGUAUCCUAUAGGGGCCGACUUGGUCAACUGCUGG